UGCAAAUUUAAAUUUAUCUUACAAAAAAAACAUCUUCCUAGGAUUUUCUUUUUCUUUUUGCUUAGAAUCUUUGUAGGAAUUUCCAUCAAGAAUCCAUUUCAAACCCGCCAAAUUCAUUUAUAAAUUUCAAGAAAUGACUCUUGCAAAUAUCAAGAAAUCUCCCUUGGCUAGACUACGCAAGAAGUUAUCCUCAAGAAAAUCAGAAUCGUCCGUGGAGGAAGAGCAAGCGAGAAGCAGCACUAGCAGCAGCUCGUUAAACGCAGACGAGCUAAGAACCGUGUUUGACUACAUAGACGCAAACUCGGACGGGAAAAUCUCCGGGGCCGAGCUGCAGAGCUGCGUCAGCCUCUUGGGCGGCGCGUUGACUUCACGCGAGGCGGAGGAGGUCGUGAAGAGUUCAGACGUUGACGGAGACGGGCUUAUGGAUUUCCAAGAGUUUUUGAAGCUAAUGGAAGGAGAAGACGGUAGUGAUGAGGAGAGGAGGAAGGAGCUGAAAGAGGCUUUUGGGAUGUAUGUGAUGGAAGGGGAAGAGUUUAUUACGGCGGCGAGUUUAAGGAGGACGCUGAGUCGACUCGGGGAGUCGUGUACGGUUGAUGCAUGUAUGGGGAUGAUCAGGGGGUUUGAUCAGGACGGUGAUGGAGUUCUCAGCUUCGACGAGUUUCUUCUGAUGAUGCGAUGAGAUUAAAGAAUUCCAUUUUUUAUUAAUUUGUAUUCAGAUUCUAUUAUUUAUUCUUUUGUAUCGCGCAGGGUCAUGCGGGAUUAGUCGGGUGUAUAUAUAAUUUUGUUAUUGUUCGUUCUGAUGCCACCAAACCUUUCCCGCAUUGCUCUGCACAGUCUUCAUUCGAACCCUCAUCUGAUCCAUAUGUAAUAAAAAAUAUUCAAUUUAGUCAUUUAGAUAAUUCUUUCUUAUGUUUUGGUACUGAAUUUGAUGCUUGUUAUAUUUUGCUUUAAAUGAUUUUCGGUUCUUUCUGUUUGUAUGGUUACAUUUUGGUCUUUGGUUAAAAAAAAAGUUAUUC